AUGGCGACGACGACGCACGCGCGACCGGUGCGGGCGUACGCCGAUCGACGCACGGUGGUGCGGCGAGAGAUAAAGCGCGAGGACUUUGAGUCGCUGCGAGACUUUGAACGCGCGAGGAGCGGCGAACGCGCGAGCGAGUCGGCGAAAGAUUCCGAGCGAGGGAUUCCCGUGACGCUGAGCAGCUCGAGCGAGGGCGAGAACGAGAGCGCGAUGAUGUACACGGAGCCGCCGAGACGGGCGACGGCGCGGAGGAAGGGGGCGUUCGACGCGCGACGGGCGGCGAGCGCGGCGUUUCAAUGGAGCGUCAUAGGGGGAGUGGUGUACAGCGUGCGCCGGGCGCAGAGACGGUCGGAAGACGUGUCGAAGAAUCUCGCGCGACGGUUCGCGUACGCCGACGCGGAGCCUGACGCGCUCGUGGGGACGCGUUGGCGCGUGUACGCGGACAUAGGACGAGAAUCGGGCACCUGGAUGCCCCCGGCGUGGGGGCAAUCCGGCAUGCGUUUGGUGUGUCCGAUCGCCAUCGAGUUUAAAGACAACGGCGUCGUCGAACCCAUCGCAACGGGCGCGUUCACGCCGACGAAGUUUGAAGCGGGCACGUGGAGCAUUGACGGUGACACGCUGCGGUUCAACCUGAAGAUGGUCGGCGGCUUGCGGCGAGGCGACAUCGAAUUCGGCGAAGAGUCGCUGUACUUUAAAACCUUGGCCUGGGGCGAUAAAGUCAGCGCGAACAAAGGCCGCAUGCUCGUGAACCAAACUCGGUUCUUAAUCCGUCGCGAAUGGCGUUCGGUGGGGACGUUUAAGACGGAGCGCAUCGCCGCCGACGAAGACGCCGGCGCGCAACUCGUGCCGCCCAUGCGCGUUCGCGUGCCCGAAUGA